AUGAAGCGCCGCAAGCUGGCCGUGGCCGCCGGCUUCUGCCUCUCCUUCCUGCUGGGCACUUUGCUCAACGUCCUCUUCAUCCCGGCCUUUGACCAGCAGCAGCAGCAGCAGCAGCAGCCGGCGGCGGCGGCGGCGGCCGUCACGCACUCUCCGUCGGGGGAGGCUGAGCUCGGCCGCCGCCGCCGCGGGGACUUGGCGCAGCAGAUCCGCGAGCGCUACGAGGAGGUGCUGCGGUACCAGCAGCCGCAGCGGGCGGCGGCGGCGGCUGCUGCCGGGGCCCGCCUGCCGGCCAGACCCUUGGAGCGGCGCCUGAUGGACCUGGCUCCGCGGCGGCUGGCCUCGGCCGCCUCCUCGUCGUCGUCGUGGUCCUGGGAGCGGGUCCCGUCCGCCCCGGGGGCUGCCAAGCUGGAGCUGUCCCUGGGGCCGCCGCGGCUGGGCUGCGGCGACCUCGGCAACGUGAGCGACGUGCGCUACCUGGGCUCGGGCUACACCAAGGCCGUCUACCGGGCCGUGCUCAACCGCAGCCUGGCGGUGGCCCUCAAGGCGGUCGACUUCGGCGGCCACGACGUCGAGCGCUGCGUGGCGCUCUACGGGGCCCUGGAGGACUGCUACCGCCUGGCCGCCUGCAAGGUCGUCAAGGAGAUGGUCCUGCUGCAGAGGCUGCGGCACCCCAACGUCCUGCAGCUUUAUGGCUACUGUUAUCAGGAUAGCAAUGCCAUCUCAGACACACUGACCACCAUCACAGAACUAGGCUCACCACUGGAGAUGAUACAGCUUUUACAGACUUCAUGGGAGGACCGAUUUCGAAUAUGCUUCAGCUUAGUUCGGCUUCUGCAUUACCUUGCCCACUCCCCCCUUGGCUCUGUGACGCUGUUGGAUUUCCGACCUCGUCAGUUUGUGAUAGUGGAUGGAGAGCUCAAAGUGACAGAUCUGGACGAUGCCAGCAUUGAGGAAACCUCUUGUACUAGCAGUAGGGACUGCUUCAUGGAGUUCCCAGCAAGAAACUUCACUUUGCCUUGCUCCCUUGAAGGAAAAUGUCAGAGCAUGAAUGAGAAGAGGAAUCUCUACAAUGCAUACAGGUUUUUCUUUACAUAUCUUCUGCCGCACAGUGCCCCUGCAUCGCUGAGACCAUUACUAGAUGUGAUAGUCAAUGCCACAGGAGAGCUUCAUUGGGGAAUAGACACAACUGUUGCUCACUUAGAAAGAGUUUUGCAUUUAUACAAGAGCGGCCUCUACCUAGAGAACACGACAAGGACUCCAAGAUCUGGCUAUAAAAGGAUGCCUGAAGCAACUAUUGUCAAUGAGAAUUACAGGUGUUGGCCAUCUUACCAUCACAAGGGAUGUCUUCUCUCUGUGUUUGAUGUUAAUGAGGCCAUGGAAGUUUGCGAGAGCCAUUCCCAGUGCAAAGCGUUUGUUCUGACCAACCAAACAACGUGGACAGGUCGGCAGCUUGUCUACUUUAAGAUGGGAUCCAUGUCCAUUAUGUCUGACCGUGACAAGACAACAUAUGUGAAAGUGUUGAAUUGAAAGAGAAAGU